GCAGCGUCUCCUCUUUCCUGCGCGGCCUCGCUCUAUUGGUGGCCGAGGGGGUCAGGACCCGCAGCCGCCUGUAUUAUUGAUGCUCGUGCGUAAGGCAGGAGACGCUGGGGGUGGAGUGAGCCCGAAGCCCCCGCGAGAGCAGAACCAAUGUGGUGCGCUGCCGGAAGGCUGAGGGCGCCCGCGGGCAGCAAGAUCCUGGGGAAGAGGGGAGAACGGAGGGAAGCCCCUCUUCACUGGGCCUGCUAUGGGCAGGAGCAAAGGCAAAGCGCCCCAGCGCCCGGAGGAAUCCAGGAGGCCGGCCUCCGGGGAGCAGGAGUCCGGGUCGGCCAGCGCAGACUGCGCGCCCAGCCGGGAACGCCGACAGGGCCGGGGCAAGGCCCGCGGGGCGAGACGGGUCUUGGAGCCCGCCACCGCGGGAGGUCAGGGGAUCCCAGGUGGCCACAGGAAGCCCACUGCAGAGGGGAACGGCGGCUGCACACGGCCAGGGGCUGGGCCGCCAUUGGAGGGCCAGGGGAGACGAGGCAGCGCGCGGCGUCGGGGACGUGGGCCUAAGGAGAGCUGCGAACCCGGGGGCAGCCCUGGGGGGCGCCAGGAGGAGGGGAGUCUCCCCCGAGGAGAAGAGCGGACAGGCGAGCGUGGCCGCUGCAGGAGAGGAAAAGUGCGGGGACCCUCGGCUCGCCGGGGCCGCGGAGAGACCCGGAGCCUCGGUGGGGACACGUCGGGCGGAGACGGGGACAGCUCCUGUGCGGACAGCGAAGCCCGCGGGGCCCAGGAGUGCGGCAGCCAGAGCGGCGCGGCCCCAACGGACACGGGCUCCGGAGGCACCCAAGCCGGGACGGAGUCAGCGCUCGAGCUGGGUGAGCGCCCGAGCAGCGACGGGAGGGGUAGCGACGAGCCUCCCGCCGAGCCCCGGAGCUGGGAAGGGUCGUCGGGGCUGGGGCCCCAGGGAACGACCGAGCAUUCCGGGACAGACACUGACUCGAGUCUGGGGAGGGCCGGCCCUGGACGGGGCCCACGGGCAGCCCCAGGAAAGCCGAGCUGGGCCACUGAGGCCGAGAAAGCUGAGCUGGGCAGAAAAGCCACGGUCUCCAGCCCUCUCGGGGGCAGCCGCGCGAGCGUGCCCCGGAGCUCGCGGGCUUCUCGGGACUCCAGGCCGGCCCGGGACGCGAGAGAGAACGAGGCGCAGCCCGAUGUUGAGCCGCGGGGCGCCAAGCCCGGAAGAACCGAGGCCUCGACCGCCCCGUCUCGGCUCCGCCAGGUCGGAAAGGUGGUGGGGAAGGUGCAGGCGGCGGCGGGGGAGAGCGAAGCGGGGGCUGCCGGGGGACAUGGGCCCGGGGACUCAGUGCCGCUGGCCGCCCUCGUGGCGCUCCGCAGGCUCCGAGCGAGGUCCCCUCUAGGCCACGCUCCCCAGGCCGCGGGUCCCCGUCGCGCCGACCUCAAGGAACGACUACUGCGCGUAACGCGGGCCCUGGGGCUCCUGCAGUGGCUGCGGCGGAGGCUCGGGCCGCGGGGGCGCGAGGAGCGAGGGACCGGGCCGCGGGGGAGCGAGGGGCAGGGCCGCGGGCCGGGGCUGCGGCGCCGUCAAGUGCUGCGUCUGGCGGGCGUAGCAGGGCUGGGGGGACCGCCGAGGGCUCCCCCUGGCGGCAUCCCGAGCUCCCCGCAGGUUGCGGAGAGCCCAGUCCACCACGAAACUUCUGAGGACGAGGACCCGACUCCCGAUCCCCAGUUCGCGGUCGUGUUCCCCAGAAUCCACAAGACGGGGAGGGCGUCGAGCAGCCGGAGUUCGCAGAAAGCGUCCGCGGACGCCCCCGCCGGGGAGGGGCGCGUUUGGCCUCUUGCAGGGGCUUCAGGGGACAGUGAGGGGUGCAAGGCCAGUGGAGAAGGGAUGGCCGGGACCCGCCGCAGCUCUCUCCUCGGCCCGACUCCCCCCGACGAACCCCCACUCGACGAAAGCGGCUCUAGUAGCGAAGCGGAGCCUGAGACCUUGGAAGCUGAGGCCCCGGUGCAUUGGGCGCAGCGCUCGGAUCCUCGCGAGGACCCUGGGCCUGGCUCCGACGCCCUGCUGCCCCGACUCACCUUGGAGAUCCGCCUGCGGGGGCGGGAGGGCCCGGGCCUCUGUGGGUCCCCGAGGGAGCGGUGGGAGCCGGAGGAUGAGGCGGAGGUGGCGCUGGAGCCGGACCUGGAGCUGAGUCUUCGGCCGGGCCUGGAGGGGCCGCCCUUUUCCCGGGCCGAGGGCAGGAGCCUCGGGGUCGGCCUGGAAGACACCGAGGACCUAGCCCGACUGCGACUGGUGUGUGACAGCUCCGUGCUGCUGUGCCUCAAGAAGAGGUUUCACCUGGGCCGAAUCUAUACCUUUGGAGGACCCCUUCUGCUGGCUCUGAACCCCCGCAGGCCUCUGCCUCUCUUCUCUCCUGAGGUCCUGGCCAGCUACCGCCCCAGCAAGGCCUCCAACACUGCCCCACACAUCUUUGCCAUCAUGGCAUCAGCCUGUGGCCUGUCUCAGAGCACUGGCCAGGGCACGUGCAUUCUCCUCAGGUGAACCCUGCCGGCACCUCCCUUCUGCAGUGGGCACAGUGGCUCAGGGAAAACAGAAGCUGCCAAAAAGAUCGUGCAGUUCCUAAGCAGCCUGGAGCAGGAGCAGAUGAGAGACAGGGGAUGUCAGCUGGAUGACGUGCUGCCCAUGCUCGGCAGCUUUGGCCAUGCCAAGACAGUUCUCAAUGCCAACGCCAGCCGCUCUGGCCGGGUCUUAUGCCUCUGCCUGCAGCAAGGAGUCAUCGUGGGAGCUUCUGUGUCGCAUUAUCUGCUUGAGACCUCAAGGGUAGUGUUUCAAGCCCAGGCUGAGCGGAGCUUCCAUGUUUUUUACGAGCUGUUGGCAGGACUGGACCCCAUGGAACGGGAGCGGCUCUCCCUACAGGGGCCAGAGACCUAUUACUACCUCAACCAGGGCCGGGCCUGCAGGCUCCAGGGCAAGGAUGAUGCCCAGGACUUCACAAGACUGGUGAAGGCCCUGAAAGCUCUAGGCUUGUGCCCUGAGGAGUUGACCACAGUCUGGGCUAUGCUGGCCUCCAUCCUGCAGCUGGGCAACAUCUGCUUCUCCUCCUCAGAGCGAGAGUCCCAGGAAGUGGCUGCUGUGUCCAGCUGGGCCGAGAUCCACACGGCAGCCCGGCUGCUGCGGGUGCCGCCCGAGCGCCUGGAGGGGGCUGUCACCAGGAGGGUCUUGGAGACGCCCUAUGGCCAGGUUUGGAGAUCCCUGCCAGUGGAAAGUGCCAUCGAUGCCAGGGACGCCCUGGCCAAGGCCCUGUACUCGCAGCUCUUCACCUGGCUUCUGAGGAAGACCAAUGGGAGACUGGCACCGCCCAGGGAGGGAGGCAGCACGGACACUGUCACUGUCGUGGACGUCUACGGCUUUGAGGCACUGCAGGUGAACGGCCUAGAGCAACUGUGCAACAAUCUCGCCAGCGAGCGCCUGCAGCUCUUCUCCAGCCGGAUGCUGCUGGCCCAGGAGGAGGAGGAGUGUCGGCGAGAGUUGCUGCCCUGGGUCCCCAUCCCCCAGCCUCCACGGGAGUCCUGUCUGGACCUCCUGGCAGACCAGCCUCACAGCCUCCUGAGUAUCCUGGAUGCCCAGACAUGGCUGUCCCAGGCCACGGAUCACACCUUCCUCCAGAAGUGCCACUAUCACCAUGGCGAUCACCCAUGCUACGCCAAGCCCCAGCUGCCCCUUCCUAUCUUCACCGUGCGGCAUUACGCUGGGACUGUCACCUACCAGGUUCACAAGUUUUUAAACAGAAACCCGGAUCACCUUGACCCUGCCAUGGUGGAAAUGCUUGCCCAGAGCCAGCUCCAGCUGGUGGGCAUCCUGUUCCAGGAAGCAGAGCCCCUGUCUGAAGGAGGGCGAGGCAAACCCACGCUGGCCUCUCGCUUUCAGCGUUCCCGGGACCUCAUGGCCCAGCUAAGCGGGAGCCAUGUCUAUUUCAUCCAGUGCCUCAACCCCAACCCUGGAAAGCUUGCGGGCCUCUUUGAUGUGGAACACGUGGCAGAGCAGCUGCAGCAGGCGGGCAUCCUGGAGGCUGUAUGUUCCCGCACUGCCAACUUCCCCGUGCGCAUGCCCUUCCAGGCCUUCCUGGCCAGGUUCCGGGCCCUGGGGACAGCGGGGCAGGGAGAGCCCUCUGACCGGGAGAGGUGUGGCGCCAUCCUGAGCCAGGUGCUGGGGGCUGAGUCACCCCUCUGUCACCUUGGAGCCACCCAGGUCCUGCUGCGGGAGCCGGGCUGGCAGCAGCUGGAGCAACACUGGGCCGAGCGGCACUCCCAGGCGCUGCUCACCCUGCACCGAGGCCUCCUCACCUGCAUCUCCCACCAGCGCCUCCGCCUCCUGCCACGAAUGCAGGCUCGUGUGUGUGGGCUCCAGGCCAGGAAGCGGUACCUCCGGCGGCAGGCGGCUCUGGGACAGCUGAACGCCAUCCUGCUGGUGGCCCGGCCCCUGCUCUGGAGACGGCGGAGACUGCAGCUUGGGCAUUGGCGUAGCUGGCACGGCAGCGGGGCCUCUGAGAAGGUGCCAAGCAUGGAGCUGGGGUGCUUGGAGAUCCCGGCUGAGCUGGCUGUCAUGCUGAAGACAGCAGAAGGCCGUCAGCGCACCCUAGCCAAAAGCAUCACCGAGUCCCUGCCCCCGGAAGUUCCUGCCCGUGUCAGCCUGACGCUCCCGCCGGACAUUGACCAGUUCCCCUUCUCCAGCUUCAUCUCCGUCAGCUUUCAGGAGCCAUCCCUACCCAGCCCUGGGCAGCUGCUGACCAAGCCCCUGACCCGGCUAGAUGGUGAGAACCCUCAGCAUGCCCUGGAUAUCAACAAAGUGAUGCUGCGGCUCCUAGGGGACGGGUCCCUGCCGUCGUGGCAGGAGCAGACCAUGGGCGAAUACCUCGUGCGACAGGGGCAGCGCCGGCCGGGGCUGCGGGACGAGCUCUUCAGCCAGCUCGUGGCCCAGCUCUGGCACAACCCAGAUGAGCAGCAGAGCCAGCGUGGCUGGGCCCUCAUGGCCGUCCUGCUCAGUGCUUUUCCCCCAAUGCCCACCCUGCAGAAGCCACUGCUCAAAUUUGUAUCUGACCAGGCCCCCAGAGGCAUGGCAGCUCUGUGCCAGCACAAGCUGCUGGGGGCCCUGGAGCAGACGCAGCUGGCCCCUGGGUCCGCACGGGUCCACCCACCCACCCAGCUCGAAUGGACAGCCGGAUGGCGGCGGGGCCGCAUGGCACUGGACGUCUUCACCUUCAACGAGGAGUGCUACUCGGCCGAGGUGGAGUCCUGGACCACGGGGGAGCAAUUUGCUGGGUGGAUACUGCAGAGCAGAGGCCUGGAGGUGCCCCCGCGUGGCUGGUCCGUGUCAUUGCACUCUGGAGACUCCUGGCAGGACUUGGCUGGCUGCGACUUCGUGCUGGACCUGAUUGGCCAGACGGAGGACCAGGGGGAUCCGGCUGGUCCCCGCAGCUACCCCAUCGCUCCCCGUGGCUCAGCCGAGGACAUCCCCCCCGCCCCUGGCAUCCAAGCCCCCUCACUGCCUCCAGGUCCCCCUCCAGGUCCAGCCCCCACACUGCCCAGCAGAAGCCACACAGGCGGGUCACAGACCUCGGGGAGCCUGGACGGCUUCCUGGACCACCUCUUCGAGCCAGUCCUCUCCUCAGACCUCAGUGAUCUGGAGCAAGUCUGGGCUCUGAGAGGCCGCAUGAAAGGAGGGGGCGCCAUGGGGCCCAUGCAGCAAGGCAGCUACCCCAUGGUGUACCCAGGUAUGGUGCAGCUGCCCGGAUACCAGCCAGCCAUGAUGCCUGCACCCAUGCCCAUGAUGCCUGUGAUGGGCGCAGUACCCCCCAUGCCAGCCAUGGUGGUGCCACCACAGCCCCAGCCCCAGCCCCAGCCCCAGCCCCUGCUUCCUACUGUGGAUGCGAGACAGCUGGCGGUCCAGCAGCAGAACUUCAUCAACCAGCAGGCACUGAUUCUGGCCCAGCAGAUGACCGCCCAGGCCAUGACCCUGUCCCUGGAGCAGCAGACACAGCAGCGCCAGCGCCAGCGCCAAGCCCAGGCCCCGGCCCCGGCCCCAGCCCAGGCCCCUGCCCCUGAAGCUGCCUCCCUGACCCCAUCCCCAGCCAUCACCCCCAAGCCCAAGAAGCCCAAGGCCCCUCAAGAGGAGCCAGAGCAAGAGCUGGAAUCGGCGGGUGCCUGCCUGAGGGAGACCUCUCAAGAGGCAGAAGACAGGCCCUGGCGGCCCAAGAGCUUCCAGCAGAAACGGGACUAUUUCCAGAAGAUGGGGCAGCAGCAGAUCAAGGUGAAGAUGGUGAAGCCUCCAGCCAAGGUACAGAUCCCCCAGGGGACAGAGCAGGAGGAGGAGGAGGAGCAGGAAGAGGAGGAACCGCGAGCAGUGCCGUCCCCUCCUCCGCCCCCGCCCCAGCCGCCAGUAGUGAAGAAGCCACAGUCACAAGGUGGGGCCAAAUCUGCACAGGAGGCUGAGGCUGAGCCAGCCCAGGAGGUGGGGCCUGGUGGUGAUCGGCAGGCCCAGGGCAGACCUGUGGUGCGCAACUCAGAGCCCACGCCCCGGAGGGCAGAGCCCAGCAGGGAGAUCCGCAACAUUAUCCGCAUGUACCAGAGCCGCCCGGGCCCCAUGCCUGAGCCCGUGCAGCCGUCCAGGAGGCCCCCCAAAAAUUUCAUGAAGAAAAACAAUCCUAAGGACGAAGCUCUGGCUAAGCUGGGGAUCCAUGGUGCCCACUCGUCCCCUUGGGUGCUGCCCCCCAGCCCAGGGAAGGGCCCCCCACCAGCUGUGGCCCCUCACCCCAAGGCCCCACCACAGCCCGGGCCCUCCAGCUCCAUCAAGGAGAAGCAGAGGCACCUUCGCGAGCUGUUUGGCACGACCCCACCCACUGCCCAGGCACCCCCACCUCCACCAGCGCCCCCAUUGCCUCUGCCUGGGGACCUGGGGACCCCUCCCGCUGAGCCCCACGGCUUAAUGGUGCCCAUGGGGGACCAGGGGGUCUCCACCCAGCUGCUCGUGCCCUCGGGCAGCGUGUGCUUCUCCUAUGCCAGCGCCCCCUGGAAGUUGUUCCUACGCAAGGAGGUGUUCUACCCCCGGGAGAACUUCAGCCAUGCCUACUGCCUCAGGCUCCUCUGUGAGCAGAUCCUGAGGGAUACCUUUGCCAAGUCCUGCAUCCGGAUCUCCCAGGAUGAGCGGCGCAAAAUGAAAGACCUGCUGGGAGACCUAGAGGUGGGCCUGGACUCACUCAACACCGCUGAGGACAGUGUCAAGAAGCGCAUCGUGGUGGCCGCUAGGGACAACUGGGCCAAUUACUUCUCCCGCAUCUUCCCCGUCUCGGGCGAGAGUGGCAGCGACGUGCAGCUGCUGGGUGUGUCCCACCGGGGGCUGAGACUGCUCAAGGUGACUCAGGGCCCCAGCUUCCACCCUGACCAUCUGAAGACUCUCUGCUCCUACAGCUUUGCUGAGGUGCUGGGCGUGGAGUGCCUGGGCAGCUCCACCCUGGAGCUGUCACUGAAGAGUGAGCAGCUGGUGUUGCACACGGCCCGGGCGAAUGCCAUCAAGGCCAUGGUUGAGCUGUUCCUGAGGGAGCUCAAGAAGGACUCCGGCUACGUCAUCGCCUUGCGAAGCUACAUCACUGACGACAGCAGCCUCCUCAGCUUCCACCGUGGGGACCUCAUCAGACUGUUGCCAGUGGGCACUCUGGAGCCAGGCUGGCAGUUUGGCUCCUCCGGGGGCCGCUCUGGACUCUUUCCUGCUGACAUAGUGCAGCCAGCUGCUGCUCCAGACUUCUCCUUCUCGCCAGAGCAGAGGAAUGGCCGGCACAAGAGUCAGCUGCAGCACAGAGAGCCAGGGCUGGCUCACUGGGAUAGGGCGUCGGAGCGCCCCGCCUGCCCCCAGAGCCAGGCACACAGUGAUGACUCGGAGGCCACUAGCCGACCCCUCUCUGUGGCCGACCUCUCUCUGUCCACGGACUCCCACAACUACACCAUGCAGGAAUUUGCCCUGCGCUACUUCCGGAAGCCCCAGACCUUGCUGGACCAGACAGGUGGAGGUGCUGAGGGGAAGGCCAGCCUGGUACAGUACACCAAGGCUCCCAUCCAGGAAUCGCUCAUCAACCUCAGUGAUGAGGACAUGAACAGGCAGGCUGUGGAAAGCUUCCGGGCUCUGAUGCAAUUUAUGGGGGACCAGUCUAAGCCCCGGGGCAAGGAUGAGAUGGAUCUCCUUUAUGAGCUGUUGAAGUUGUGCCAGGAGGAGAAUCUCAGGGAUGAGAUUUACUGCCAGGUCAUCAAGCAGGUCACAGGACACCCCCGGCAGAAACUCUGUGCUCGAGGCUGGAGCUUCCUCAGCCUCCUCACGGGCUUCUUCCCGCCCUCAACCACUCUGAUGCCCUAUUUGACCAAGUUUCUGCAGGAUUCAAGCCUGAGCCAAGAGCUGGCCCGGACCAGCCAGGAGCACCUCCAGCGCACAGUCAAAUAUGGGGGGCGCCGGCGGCUGCCCUUCCCGGGUGAAAUGCAGGCUUUCCUGAAAGGGCAAACCAUCCGCCUGCUUCUAAUUCACCUGCCUGGGGGUGUGGAUUACAGGACCAACAUUCAGACUUUCACUGUGACAGCAGAAGUGCUGCAGGAGCUGUGCGGGCAGAUGGGCAUCACGGACCCUCAGGAAGUGCAAGAAUUUGCCCUCUUCCUCAUCAAAGGGGAAGGCAAGCUGGUGCGGCCCCUGCAUCCCCACGAGUACCUCAACAGUGUGGUGGUGGACCAGGACAUGAGCCUUCACGGCCGGCGGCUCAGCUGGGAGACCCGGCUGCACUUCGAUAAUCCCACCUACAUCAGCACCCACUACAGCCAGGUGCUGCAGGACUACCUGCAGGGGAAGCUGUUGGUCAGCACCCAGGCAGAUGCCCUACUGGCCAGGCUGGCCGCCCUCCAGCACCUCAGCAAGGCCUCUGAGGACACCCCCUCAGAGCGAGACCUGGUGGCUUACUUGCCCAAGACGCUGCAGUGGCAGGUGAGCAUGGCCACCAUCAAGAGCCUGAUGGGCCAGGAGCUGAGGCGGCUACAAGGAUGCAGCUCCCAGGAAGCGCAGAUCAGCUUCAUCGAGGCCAUGAGCCAGCUGCCCCUCUUUGGCUACACUGUCUACGUGGUGCUACGAGUGAGCGAGCUGGCCCUGCUGGGACCUGGCUUCCUAGGGCUCAACCGCCAGCACCUCAUCCUCAUGGACCCCAGCUCCCAGAAACUGUGCCGCUCCAUCGCCCUGAGGGAACUGCAGCGGAUCCACCUGCUGAGCCCAAUGGAGGAAGAGGGGCCCCCUGGCCUGGAACUCAACUAUGGCUCAGCUGACAGCCCCCAGACCAUCUGGUUUGAGCUGCCGCAGGCCCAGGAGCUGAAGCACACCAUCGCCUUCCUGCUGGACAGCGGCAGAGCUUCAGUUUAGUGGCCGGCAUCACCCAAGAGGAGUGAGAGAGGGGUGGAGAGGAGAAAGGGGCCUCUCCCUGGCCCAAGUCUCACUUGGACAGUCUCCCUCGGGUGCCGUCAGGCCAUUUUAGUUUGGACGUCAGCACAGCCCGGCUGGCCCAUGUGGAGGCCAUGAGGCAGGAGCUGCUAUAGUGACAUCAACCGGGAAAGAUAGUAGCGAGACUCCCUCAGGGUGGGCCUAGGCCUGGGCCUGGGGUGGGGCUGCAGGAACUCAGCUUGGGCAUCUUAUGUUGCCUAGUCUGGGGGAGAUGCCCACCUGGCCCCAGGCCCUGGCUCAAAAUCAGCAGGAACCCAGGCCUGGGAGAAGCAGCUUCUAAAAUAAAACUCCUGAGACAAAAGGGCUGUGUGU